GAACAUAUUGCGGGAAUGUUGUUUCAAGUUCAUACAUCAUGCAUCAUGCCGUACCAUCGAUCUAGUGCUUCAAAUGGUAUGAUUCCCACUCAGGGUAUCCCACUCAGGCCAAAGAAGUUAGUCCUUCUGACAUAGAGCGCCUUGAUAUAUUCCCUAGGCCCAGUGCGUCGUUCUAAACCCAAUUUCCCUUCCUGAAAUUCUGCGACCACGGUACUCUUUUCCAUCCAUGGCGUGCGCACCCAAUACAGCUCCGCUAAACUUCGUCAUCUUCGGUGAAACGGGCGUAGGAAAGAGCUCACUGGUCAAUCUUCUUGCUGGGAAGACAGUUGCCAAGUCCUCUUCCGGUUUAAAGUGCUGCACUCUGGAAUCAACCGAGUACACGAUCACAUCAUCUGAACACCAGCUUAAUGUCAGAUUAUUUGAUACGGUGGGGUUGAAUAACGUCACAAUGAACGGCAAGAGUCAUCUAGUAGAUGCGCUAGUGAAAGCGCAUAAACUCGUUACCUCCCUCCAAAACCAAGGAGGUAUACACGGGUUGCUGUUCUGCAUCAAGGGCGGUAACAAAAUAUUGGCAUCUACGCAGCAGAACUACAGGCUGUUCCAUGAAUUCCUGUGCCAGGAGAAUGUGCCUCUUGCACUGGUCAUUACCAACCUCGAGAACGAGGAGAACAUGGAUGCCUGGUGGGCGAUCAACCAGGGUGAUAUAAAACACCAUGGCAUAGUCCCCGUUACGCAGGUCUGCAUCACCACCAUCAUGGGCCUCAGAAACGUAUACGAAGAUAAAUACUGGGAAUCUAGGAAAAAAGUAUGGGAUAUGCUGGCUACGCUUGCAAGGGAGGAUG